CAGGUCUCCGCUGCUGGGUGACAGUGAUACAAUGUAACGAGCUGUAGUGGAGGCUGCAGGAGGAUGGGGCUCGGCGGCCGCUGCUCCCCGGGGGACCGGAGCCACAGGCAUUGACUACAGGCCUCCUGAAUGUGCCCGUUGUCUUUCGUGCCUUCUUCAUGUGUUGUGGAUGAAUUACAGAACUUAGAAAUGAACAUUGCGCCCCCGGGACAUUUUAAUCCUUCCGACCCUAGGUGUCUGUGACUUUCUCUCACCAUGACGGGCUCUAGUUCCACCUUCCACCGCGCUCACAGUAAGCAUUGCCACCGCCAGAACGUUGGGACAAAGACUAGCAAGCCCUCCCGUUCUCGAAGCCUGCACGACCGCCCCUUGGCUUCGUCUCUUACGCCAGCUCCGGCCAGCGCCUCCGGGAAUAGCUCGGGUGGCUACUCGGAAGAAGAGGACAAAGAGGUGGGGGCGCUCUUCUACGUCAAUAAGAGCGGAUUCCCCAUUGACAGUCAGACCUGGGAAAGAAUGUGGGCGCACGUAGCCAAAGUCCAUCCGGAGGGGAAGGAUAUGGUGGACAGAAUACGAAACGCAACUCUGCUUCCCAAGGUGAGCCUUCCUGUGCCGACUGUACCGACCUACAAGAUGUCCAUGUCCAUCCCCGAGUGGCUGCAGGCCGUGCAGAGAUACAUGAAGACAUUGCAAUACAACCACACCGGAACACAGUUCUUUGAAAUCAGAAAGACCCGUCCGCUCAGUGGGUUAAUGGAGACUGCCCGGGAGAUGACCAGAGAAUCCUUACCCAUUAAGUGUCUAGAAGCUGUGAUCCUGGGAAUAUAUCUCACAACUGGUCAGACCAGCGUGGAGCGGUUCCCCAUCAGCUUUAAAACCCAGUUCUCAGGGAACUACUUCCACCACGUAGUGCUGGGGAUCCACCAUAAUGGACACUACGGGACACUGGGCAUGAGCAGAAGGUCGGACCUUAUGGAUAAACCCAUGACCUUUAAGACUCUGAGCGAGCUCAUCUUUGACUUUGAGGAAUCGUACAAAAUGUAUUCUCACACGGUGAAGAAGGUCAAAAUCGGUUUAUAUGUCCCUCAUGAUCCCCACACGUUCCAGCCAAUCGAGUGGAGGUAUCUAGUCAUCAACAUGGGGAAGAUGGUGCGAGCCGAUAUCAAGAAGGAACUGGAGAAACAUGCCCGGGACAUGAGGAUGAAGAUCCUGAAGUCUUCAAGCGCUCAGUCUCCUGUGAAAGAAAGAAGAGGGAAAUCUGUUUCACCACAAAGAGUCCAUAUUGGCACCCAGAGACGGGCGCUCCGGAGAGAUAAAUCGCCGGCCACAAUGGACAGGACGCCAGCGGACCUCAGCACCCUCAAUGAUGUUGGCUACCAGAUUAGGAUUUAACAAGACCCCACAACUCCCUGGUGCUUCCGUUUGCACUUUACCCCUUCACUUCUUCUUUUUCUAUGGAUUUGUGACUAUUUAUUACCAGGUUUUUGGUUUAAGCUUUUAAUCCAGAAAUAUUGCAUUUUUACACUUUAUUUUUAUUUUAUUUUUAUAUCGAGUUUGCCAGCUUUUUGCAAAAUGACCCAACACUGGGACUUCUCGGAGGCGAUCUGCGAUUUUUAUCUGACACGAUUUGCAAGUUUACAGCCAACGUCUCUCAUUGUGGACCUAUGUUUCCUUCAUUUUGUUAACCAUCAGAAUUGGCACUGCCAAGUAAAGUGUUGGCAUGGCAGUAACCAUGCCAGGGGAACAUCUUUGUGAAAUAUAAAAAAAAAAAAAAAAAAAAAAAAGUUAUAACUUGGACCAAUAUUUGACACAAUUUCUACUAUCCAUGGAGGUCAUUUUGAGCAUUUUCUGCCAAUGCUUUUCCUGUGUGAUACAAAAUGGCUGCCAUUUAUCCGGCCUGUGGGUUUUAUUUUAUUUUUUUCCCCGUUUCCUAGCAACCUGCAGCACAUGGUGCAACUAACUACUCUACCAUGGCACUACUGUCACCAAACUGGGCUGUAAAGGAAUGUAGGCCAUAGUUGCCAACAUUCCCGAAUUUUCAGGGACUGUCCCUAAUUUUAAGAGACCGUUCCGACAAAUUUGGGUUGUGGAAGCCUGCCUACAAGUGGGCAGUUUGGGGGCGUUCCAGGGGGUGGAGCUUACAUGACCUGAAUUUACCAACCGGAAUGUUGUUAAAUAUACAUAGGUCUGGCUAUGAAUUCAGAGGAGAAAAUGGGCGUUACCCAUAGCAACCAAUCAAAGUUUCAUUUCUCCCAGUGCAGGUUACAAAAUGGAAGUUGACCUCUAGUUGCCAUAAGGGACAAGAUUAUUACAACUCCUGAGGUAAUGUUUGUGACACAUUUGGUCUGUAGGGGAUCUUAUUAAAGACUAUGGACACUUUUGGGGGCAUUUUUUUUAUUUAUUAUUGCAUUCUACUCUAAUUUUUCUAAAUGUUCAGCCCCUUUCUCUGUACAGCCUUGAGAUUCUCUAGCAGUAGGCUCUGUGUUUAUACUGUUUCCUGUUCUCCUUAUCUCUGAUCUCCUACCCCCAAAAACACUCAUUAUAGCUCAGUUCUUAUGUUACUGAUAUGAAGGAUAUGGUUAAAUAAGUAUUUGUAAUAUUCAAAGAUGACGGAUAUACAGUACUUAUAUAGUAAGAUGCUCACACCUAGGCAAAGAGUUAACCAUGUAUGACAAAAACUGCUAAAAUUUUAAAUAGAGACCAAUUGAAAAAAUGACUUUUAGCCCAACAUUAGUAAAAUGCAAUCAUAAAACCAAAAUUGCCCUCGAGGUGUUCACAGCCUUUAAGAACAGUUGAUUAGAGGGGUUCUUAUAUACAAGUAUGAUAUUAUAACACAGCAAUGGUAGCUAUUUUACUCAUACGUCCACUUGCAAUCUGCCACCUCACAGUCAAACAGUCCUUCGGGUGGUCGUUGUGUCUAGCCAACACGCCAAAGCACAUAACAGACGACAGCUUAUAGGGCUCAUUUUAUAUGUUUUUAUUAUUAUUUUUUUUGCAUUUUUGUGAUUGACUAUCAGAAAUUAUGGACUUUAUAUGGAAUUUUGCUGUGUUUUGCUAGAAAAAAAAAAUUCCAUCCAUUGUGAGGCCUAUUUUUGUUACUCCCCAUAAUGGGGUUUCCCAUUAGGCCUCAGUUUACUUGGAAUGAUUGUACCAGUUUACCAACUCUAUGAAAGUGCCGGAGAUAGGGGAGUACAGGCGCUCAGCUAUUGUCCGCAAUCCCAUAGAGUUCAAUGGAGCAGAAGCACGCAAGCGUGAACGAUGCUCCAUUCAAAGAGGGGAGGAACAUGGUCCCUGAUCUUCUGGUCGGUGGGAGCCCCAACGGUCAGACCUCCACCAGUCCCCUAUGGAUAGGGGAUAACUGUUUGUAAUGGGACAUCCUAUUUAAAGUGGAUUUCUGGUACUUAGAUAUGGAUGUGCUAUCCUCAGCAUAGGUCAUCAAUAUCGGCUAGGUGGGGGGUCCAACAUGUCCGACUAACUGUUUUGGGCAGCCGCCAGAAACUAUACAGUGAACGGAAGGCUCAGUCCACUGUGUAUUUUCUGGCGCUGGUGUACUGCAGCUCCGUUCCCGUCUACGUGAACGGGAGCUGGCCUGCAGAACGCGGCGUGGCUACUACAACAGUGGCCAGAACGUUCACCUUUUGGGUCCGUCCACUGUAUAGUGUCCCGCUCUGGUGGAGGUGCAGCGUGUUGGAUGCCCACCAAUCUGAUACUGAUGACCUAUCUUGAGGAUAGGCUGUCAGUAUCUGAGUACCAGAAAACCUCUUUAAAGGGGUUUUAUAGGAGGACAAUAUUGAUGACCUAUUCUUUAGGAUAGAUCAUCAGUAUCUGACAGGUGGGGUUCAGACACCCAGGACUGCCACCAUUCAGCUGCUUGAAAAGGCUGAGGUGCAUCGGUGAGCACUGCAUCCUUCUCACAAGCACAUUGCUGUCCAUUUUAUAGUGGCUGUGCUUGGUACAUGUCCAUUCACUUAAAUUGGACUGAGCUGCACAUAGACCAUGUGACCGAUGAACGUGAAGUCACCAGCCACACUAGAGUGCCACGGCCUCUUCAGACAGCUGAAUGGUGGAGGUGCCGGGUUUCCUACCUAUCAGAUAUUGAUCCGUUUUUUACUCCUGCAAAAACCCAUUUAAGACUCAUGCACACGACCGUGUACAUUGCAGUCCCCAAUGCAUGGGCAUUAUCCAUGCGGCUGACACAGACCCAUUCAACUUGAAUGAGUCCGAGAUCCGUCCGCACCGCAAAAAAAUAGAACCUGUUUUUUUGCGUGCAGAGGACGGAAAGAAGGGCCAUGGAAGCACUCCGUAGUGCUUCCGUGGGGUUCUGUGCCUCCGUUGUGCACCGGACCUUCCAGAUUGCAGACACAGGAUGCGGUGAGCACACGGGUGGUGCCCGCAUAUUGUGGACCUGCUGUUUGCUGGCCUUAAUACGCCCAUGGCCGGCCGCGUGCAUGAGCCCUUAAACUGUGAAACUUGUGUUAAAAAUAUGAUUAUUAUACCAAGAGAACAAAAAAAUUUUAAAUAAAUUAAAACCUCACUGGACAAAAAUCACGUGUAAAAACCACAACUGCAGUUUUACCCAGUAACAGUUCACGAAGUACCAUAUUUAGAACGGUCUUUUUAAGAAAAAGCUGAACCAAUCUUUGCUGUCGCUUUUGUGCAUAUUUUCUGAUGUGGUAGUGGAGUGGCUUUUUACCGUACCGCCACCCCCACACGUAUCCUGAAAGGAUAUGUCCACUUUUGCAACCAUUUUCUAUUUCUCCAGUGCAUCUAAAAUAAAAUUAUGAACCAACUUUGUAAGUUUAUUUUUUUUAUAUAUAGACAGCUCCUGUGCAGAUCUAUGUGUCUCCAUGGUUACCGAUGACAAACAAACCCAGUAUCAAGUGUCGCCUGCGGGAUAGCCAAAUGAGGAGGCAGUGGAGUAAGGCUACUUUCACACUUGCGGCAGAGGGAUCCGGCAAGCAGUUCCGUCGCCAGAACUGCCUGCCGGAUCAGGCAAAACGUAUGCAAA